ACGCAGACACUUCCGAACGAAGGCCAUGCAAAGCUAAUCCGGAAGCCAGUGGAGUUUAGCGCGCAUUUUUUCUAUGGCGUUUUCCUUCUGUCGGUGAUCCUUGAUUGCAGGGCCCGUCUGAAAACCACUAGGUGUUUGCAGUGUGCACAUAAGGUUUGCCAGUGACCGCGUCACAAAAUGCCCCCGGGUCGAAAGCGACCUGCAAAAGAUGAUGAUAGACUGCCAUGCAAAUACGGAUCCAAAUGUUAUCGCAAGAAUACCGACCAUUUAAAAAGAUUUAGGCACCCAGAGCCUAAGGAAUUGGAGUGUGACGCCAGUAUUUCUGAAGACGCACCAACGAUUGACAGAAGUCCGGACGUGGCACAUGUGCCAUCAUCACCGAAGAAACUUAAACCAGCUGCCAAGAAGCCUGACGUAUCUACCUCUGAAACAAAGGUGGAGGCAAAGGAGCCUAACGAUCUCCCCGACUCGCCUGAUGACGUCCGGGAGUCGAUUAAACAAAAAUUUUUAGUUGAAAUGCCUGAAGACUUCUAUGAUUUCUGGGAAUUCUGCACUUCUCUGAAAAAGGAAUGCCCUUCAGAUGCACUCCACGACCUGCUUGGUUUGAAGCUUGUUGGCCCCUUUGAUGUCCUGGCUGGAAAACUAACAAAUAAGAGCGUUAGGACAUCUGAUGACUUCCUUUGUCAUUGGCGCUACUUUUAUGACCCCCCUGAAAUGCAAACUGUCCUAAGUAGAGAUGAUGAGACAAUGUACCACAUUGGCUAUUUUAGGGAUGACCCAGAGGAGAUGCCUGCAUUCUUGGCAUCAAAUGUUGCAUCAGAAGACUGUAGACUUUUAAAGGUAGCAGGAAACCUGUUUGCUGUACUCAGCAAAGAGAUUUCCAAGGCACUGAAGAACUGUCACAACUCUCAGGAAAAGGCAAAGCUGCGUAAGCUCAAUGGGACACUAGUGGAGUUUGCUGAGGGAAAGGGCCACUCACUGCAAGAGGCUUCCAAGAAGCGGCCUAAGCCACAGAGUGCUACUUUCCAUGGUGCUGGACUUGUGGUUCCUUAUGACAGCAAAACUAGUGUUGGCUACCGCAAGAUGCCUCUCUCAGACACUGAGAUGAAGAAAUUGUUGGCCAAGUUCUCGGAUGACAGUGAGGGAGGAGCCCACAAGGACAAACUGCAGGAGCUUGUCACUUGGGUCCACAUUGCCAAUGACGAGUGCGACUAUGGCAUGGGUCUCGAGUUCAGCAUCGCCCUGUUUUGUGCUGGCCAUGCGAGUCUGCACCCAACCAUCGACAUGUUGGGUGGCCUUGCCUACCAUCUCCUUGGGCGGGAACCAUUUGCCCGUAUCCUGAAGGCCCACCUGAAGCGCAGACUUAAAUCCCCAAAUGCCAGUAUUCCAAGCUAAAAUACUUCUGUUUGACUUGGUGUAGCAAGAGAGUUUACUCCUAUAUGUAAUAGGAGUGCACAUCACUAGUAUGUGGCACUGAACGGAGUGAACACAGCAGUGGUGCCCCAGUUUACACAGAAUGUUCAGAUGUCUGCUCACAAUUGAGUAUUUUUAGCGUCAAGUAGUGGAUAUCAGAGGCAUGACUGUUCCUUCCACAUGUACGUUAAUCAAGAAUUCAAACCACGCAAGAGCAUAAACAUGUUUAUAAUUUUAACAACACCUGUGUAAACUGUUCUUUACAUUUAACUUCUUUGAAGCAGGGUUGUGGAACUACCCUGAUCAGGAGCACUAUUGUCGAAGUUUCGGCCGAAAGGCGAAGCAUCGAUUGCGAUAAAAAAUAAGGAGACUGCCAUUCGAAGUAGGGAUCGGCUGUAUAAACGUGGAAACAUUCGCUUACAAACUAUAUUAACAAGCAUGGUGUCACGCGCGCACGAGCAAACGUGAACACAUCUCACUCGCUGUCAAAACGCUGGAGUGAGAAAGCGCAGCAGCAGCAGCGAGUGAAUUGACCUUCGUGUCGUCUCUCGCUUCAAUGUGAACUAAGCAGUGAGAACACAACACACACGAAGCUAUGAGCCCUCGGCGCACCUAGACUCCGUUGCAGAUCGCUUUCAAGAUAGGGCCUGUGCGGCUGCGCCAUACGCAGCAGCCGCCAGUCAGAACUUCUGAGAACAAUCUGGAGUCCAGCUGUUCAUAACAAUGGCAUUAUAUGAGUGAUGGGACAUUUUGAUAACAUUGUAGCUCCUUAUCAAAGCUGUGACCACAACCAUACUGCUGCCUUCCACUGUUGGCCGUGAGAUAGGGCUACAGUUGGCAGCACUGUCGCUGCGUUAGUGUGGAUGGGCAGGCGGAAGUGCGCAUUGAAAUGUACAUGGCGGCGCUUCGCUGUCAGUGAUUUGGGCCGAUUGUUUGGUAAUGAAACGUGUAGACUGCAGUGAACUGAUGAUAUAUUGCCCUCCAGAGCCACAAUUUUUCACAAAACACACAAAAAAUUCAUACUAUACGUGAAAGGAGCGCGAAACGCAGUUUCUAUUCCUAUACAUCCAUGGUGCUUUUUGUUCAUGCUCGAUGUGCAUUCAUCCUAUUCUGUUGGCGCUGCAGUUGCGAAACUCAACUUUCUGCUAUUCUUGAAAUGGUCAUAAAAAUGCCUGUAUUACAGUGUAGACCGCUUAUAACGUAAGUCGCCGGAGUCGCGAAUAUCCGCACUAUAACCAAAGCGACAAUUUUCAAGGCCCGCACAUAUGCAAAAUAUGUGCACCGAGCCGCCACGCGUAUGCGGCAGUCGAGGAAUGCGGCUAGAAGGUUUGCAUUCAAUUUACAGUCGAAUCUCAUUAAUUCGAACCAAAUCACGCGGCGGCGCCUCCGACUGGCAUUGCUCCGGCACCGCCAUAGAGGUGAGGAGAGACUCCUCAAUGUCGCGCGCGAAAAAAAAAAAAAAAAACGCGGUGGAAAUUUCACCCUCUCUCAAAUGGCAAGGUCACUGAUUCUGCGUUGCGCCGGAACAUGCGUGUACGUGCCAACGCCUCAGCCACGCUACCGUAGCCACGCGUAGAAAAUGGCAGUGACCCCUUCUUUCUCCUUUAUGCUUCCUCUACUUUCUAGUCACGUGUUGACCUUGCACGCUGCAGCUACGGCGCAGAGGGAAGCAGCGGCGCUGUCCCAGGCCGGCCAACGAAACUGCCCACGCCGGCAAACGCCCGCUUCCCGAUAACGGCAGAAAACGAAACUUCGGGGAGCUGGCGCCGGGCCAGCGGCAGCUGCCGAGGCGAAAUCUGCUUCCCUGCCGCCCUCCUCCCUCACAUUCCACGGUCUCCGCGUGCGCCCUUCGCCGUGCCGUGCCGGCGCCGCCCGCUCCCUGAAGUUUCGUUUACUGCCAUUAUCGUGAAGCAAGCGUUGGCCGGCAUUGGCAGUUUCGUGGCCCUCGCUCGCUAUGCGCGCCGUGUUAUUUCACAACUCGCACUCAAGAUUCUGGUUUCAGCAUCACUGGCUGUUCGUUCGCACCACGUGCCCUUCUCCUCCACUUCGUCUCUCUUCCUCGAGCACUCCUUGGGGCGCCCGUUUGAGGGGAGCGUUCGCCCUCUCCGCUGACUUCCGUACUCCCCGGCAGCCGCACUGUAACCGGUAUUUCGUUUCCCGCAACUGCACUAUAAGCGAUACGUGUACACAUGGAGUGCUAUGGAAAAAUUAACGGGAGUCUGAAAAGACCGCACUAUAUUUGGUCCUGCACUAUAAGCGGUUACGUUAUAAGUGGUCUAUACUGUACUGUACAAUGAAGAUAAAGCAGCUAGUUAUUGUGGCUCUACCAACUGCCUUGUCUGCACACAUAACUACCAUUUACAGUAUAGACCACUUAUAACGUAACCGCUUAUAGUGUAGGACUGGAUAUAAUACGGUCUUUUCAGACUCCCGUUAAUUUUCCCAUAGCACUCUAUGUAUACGCGUUAACGGUUAUAGUGCAGUUGCGGGACACGAAAUAUCGGUUACAGUGCGGCUGCCUGGAAGUUCGGAAGUUCGGCUGCCUGGAAGUUCGGGCCGCAUCACGGGCGUUCGGAAACUUGCGUUCGGGAGUGGCGCAAACAGAAAGAGAGGAUUUUCACCAGCAACGCAAUGCGGAAUGGUUUCAGUGGACCGAAGCAGGAUGUAAUCUGUGACGAUCCACUUCAGCGAUACGAUCGCCUUGGCUCUAUCUUGAAAGCAAUCUGCAACGGGGAAAGUUCGCCGCGUGCUGUGUCUUUGCCGCUUAUAGGUCGCGUUGAAGCGAGAGGCAUGAUAGCACGAAGGUCAAUUCGCUCGCUGCGCUUUGUUACUCGAAUGUUUUGACAGUUCGUUUCCGCGGUCAACGAGCGAGAUGUGUUCAUGUUUGCUUGUGCGCGUGUGACACCGUGCUUGUUAAUUUAUUUAGUAAGUGAAUACGGAACCUAAAGCACGGUCAGUGGCGUAGCCAGAAAUAUUGUUCGGGGGGGGGGGGGGGCUUACGUUGCAGCGCGGCCUCCUCCUUAUAGCAUUUGUUGAGGCAUCAAAUACAUGAAUAAUGAACUGCAUUGCCAUUGCCAGUGCCAUUGUAUAUUAGAAGCUGCAAACAAAUUAUUGAACACUACGCACUGUCAUGUCAAAUAUUUAUUUUUUCAUAAAAGAAUAUAUUCGUAUGUCCCAAAAAUUGUGCCAGAGAUAACUGAUAUCAAUGUUUCUGCGUUUUUUGUCUAUUUAAUAAGUAAAGAAAAAUCACACGAACUUUAGAACUAUAUCAGUUCAAAACCAGCAAAGCAGUGCAUGCAGCUGAUAUGAAAAACGUAAAGGCCAUGAAAAGAACAAGUUGAGGACAAAUAUUUUGAUUAAUGUUUGUCAUUCAAGAACCUUGUUUACAUUUUUGUACAUAUGCAACGGCCAGGGAAAAACCUCAAUGACACUGUUCUUCGUUGUAAUAGAUUCCGCAGGAGCAGCUUUUACCGGUCGUGUAUUGUAAUUACACCGAGAUUAUAGUCACAACAGUGAGUACAUAUAAAGAGCAGGAGUUCUGCAAAAUAUACAAUAGAAAUGCGAAGAUAGAAUGGAAUAUACAAAUGCGAAGAUACAACUUGAUAAAGGGCAAGAAAGUGUCGCUGGAAACAAAGUUCACUGCUUGUAUAACAAAACCUCGCAACAAGAUAUUUAAAUAUACGUAGUCUCCAAUAAAUGUAUGUACUUAAGCAAACGUCACUGUAUAUAAUGCGUCAAACAAGACAAAUAAACAUGUUGCGCAGUCACAGAUAGUUAACUUUACGCAUAGAAAGACAGACGAUCCAGGCAAGAACAAAACUAUGACCGCAGAAAUCGCGAUAUGUACUUGGGCCAUGCGGCGGUCGCGGAAGCACCAUAUGGGUAGAAUAAUAGAGGAAUAAUGCAGAAAUCUGUACGAAAAUGUGUAAUUUAACUGCCUGCAGAGCGGCAACAAAUAUUCUGCACCCAAAAUUAAAGAAGGGUAUUGCUUUGGUUCAAAAAAGAAGUAAAAGCAGGUAGCUAAAAAGGAAAGAAAAGGCCAAACGAACGCCACAGAUGAUGCGGCAAGUUGAACUACCCAAUAUCAGAGUGUGUGUGUUGGGCAACGCCGCGUGGGCUGGGCUUUCAAUGAGCAAGGUCGGUCAAAAUUGGUUAUUGAUGUCCCCGUAAUUUUCGUAUUCGCAAGAUAAUGUUGAUCAUGAUGCUAACUGUUAGAAUAAACGGAGAAAUUUUCUGCGGUUUUAAAAGCUAAUGAACAGUCAUACGUUUUCAUAAUUACGAGUUUAUGAACCUAAAGGAACAGAGCUUUUUACUUGCAAUGAUUUUUGCUGCUUCGCAAUCUAAAGGACAAAGUUCACUCAGCGGGGAAGUUUAGCGAAGCGGUCAAUGACUUCAGACAUGUUGAUGCCGACGUCUCUGUGGGCAUAUUGAAGUGCCAGCCUAACAAUAAAUUCUUCAGACAUUGUAGAGCGCAAGUAGUUUUUUAGUAAUCCCAUGUUAAAGAAAUAUUCUCUCUGCGCUGGCAGAAGAAAAAGGUCGCGAAGUGCGGGCGCACGUUGUGUCGGCUCCGCAGUUUUCAAAUGAUUUUCGGUGGGAAAUCACAGAACUUGGCUAAACUCUCUAUACCAAUCAACAGAGGAAGUUCAGCGGAACACCUGGAUACCAACUUUUGCAAGGUGGGCCCACUUUUUCGGCAUUUACAUUGACAAUUCCUAGUCGCCAUGCCGAUCGGCCAUUGCCUCCGCCGCUACCAAGGCGGGCAGGAGUGCUAGGCCUAACGCGCUGACGAACACCAUUGGAGGUCCCCCGGAAUGCCUCGAUGGCACGUCUAGCGCCACGAUGGAUGUAAUACGCAUGGAAGGAGAAGAUAUGCAACAGGAGGACUUUACGAAAGACGCGGGACGGUGUGAAGUCCGCAGAAGAAACAUCAAGAAAACAUCCGACAGGCGCUACGAGAACCAUGCCAAGAGACACAGCUGCGCUAACUCGCGUGCCUGGGGACAGCAAGUGGAAAGGUGAGCGAACCAUUCGCAGAAUUAUCAAGGCAAGCCGACUGCCUCAUCUGCUGACAGAAGACUACAAGGUGAUCGUGCGACCACGAGGAGCCCUCAAUGUUUCGGAGCACAGGCAGGCACGCAUAUACUGCUGCCUGAGAAACGCCGCUGGCGUCGGCCGUGAAGCAGCAGAAGACAGCAUAUCAUAGUAGUCGGCACGCUGUCUGAAGAGCGAGCCAGGCGGUACGGAGCUAUCAGGAAGAUCCACGUAGGAGAGCAAGAACACGAAGCCAAUGCCUACAGAGCCGCACCAGAAAACAGGUCUAAAGGAGUCGUAAAAGGGAUAUCCAAAGAAGAAAGCUCAGAAGAUAUUAUAGAGAGCCUAGUGACUGCAAGAAACCCAAGCAUAUUACUACAUGCGAAGAGGAUGGGCAACACAGACAAUGUGAUCGUACUCUUCGACGGACUUCACGUGCCGAGAUACGUGAAUUACGGAGCACUCAUCGUCUGGUGCUCGUUCUACCGAAAGCAAAUUGACAUUUGCUACAAAUGCAAGAGGCUGGGACACAGAGCGGACGUUUGCCCCAACCCAGACGAAAAAAUAUGCUGAGGAUGUGGCGUGGCUAACCCGACGCAAGAACAUCAGUGUGAAGCAAAAUGUCAGCUAUGCGGGCAAGGUCACAUCACGGGAGACAGAGGCUGCAAGGCAAAAUACAAGAUACCGUUUUUGGUCCGGCGAAGGCGCUGGGAGCGACGAAGAAGAGAAGAAUCGGAGGCCGGAAGACUCGGCAGCAUCAAUGACUACAACAAGCAAGCUGGCAAAGUAACGGGCAAGAACACCUACAGAUCGGAAGGACACCGAACUGAAGGCUCACCCCCGGAACUAUGCGGGGGGGAACAGUUGCGAACGGCCCGGUUCCUGAGCCAUGUUGAGGUCCCGGUCCAUAACCUGAUCGAGAUCCAGGACAAGAUCGAGAUCGCGACCCACCCGAGGAGAGGCAGAAACCCAGGCACAGGUGAGCUGGGCACGCGCGGUCUCUGGCACUGCUGCUCCACCUAUACGGGUGGAGUCCGCCUUAGAACACGAAAUAACACAGAUCAGACAGAUGUUACAACAAAUAAUGCGAGAAAACGUGACGCUAAGGGAGGAGAUAAAAAGGCUGAAAGAGAAAAACGCAAAACUUUAGCAUUCAAAACAGACAGAGAGAACCUGUAACACGCCCACAACUAGUACGGCGCCGACACCAAAUCGAGCUCCGCCGACGCCCGUACCCACUCCUAUAAGUGGAGAGACGCCGCCGCAUAAGCGAAGGGCAAAGGAAAAAGCAGACGAGCAAAGCGACUCUACACUCGGAGAAGUAAAAGGUAUGUUCCAGGAAAUGUUCCCAGGCCUACAACAGCAAUUCAUCCAGAUGCGCGCGGAUCUACAACAUCUGAUAAUGCAGAUGAAAGUGGAAAUGUCACAGCAGUUCGAUGUCAUCAAGGGUACAGUGCAGCUGGAAAAUGUGUCAAAAGACACCUGACCCACAGGAACAAGGCCGGUAAAGAGCAAGCCAUACAGCAGACCACCUGCGGCUGAGAUCAGCUGCACGGACUCGAGUAACCAACAUGGCGCUGCGUAACGAGUACACGAUUUGGCAGUGGAAUUCUCGUGGGUUUUGCCAUAAGAGGGCCAACCUGCAGCAAGUCGUAAAAACCAAGCAAUCACCAGACGUAAUCGCCCUCCAGGAAACUGGGGGGACCGCAAAAUUAUCAGGAUACAAAUCAUAUAGCACUUCAGAUAAAAAAGCGACAGUAACCACACUCAUACACCGAAACAUAGUGGCUGUAGAACACGACACCGGCAUACGAAACAUAGACCACGUCCUACUCGAAAUCAUACCUUCCCGAAAAAAGCAGGGAAGCCUAUUCGUGCUUAACGUAUGCAGCCCACCACGACAAAAAGUAAAGUUUGGCUCGCUUUUCCGCAAAGCAUAAAACGUGGCGACCAGACAAGCACUGAUCAUCGUGGGCGACUUUAACGCACCACAUGCUGCCUGGGGUUAUACCAUUGAGAACGUUAAAGGCCGUCACCUGUGGUACGACGCGCAGCACGAGGGGCUCACGCUAAUAACUAACCCACAAGACUCUACCAGAAUGGGCAAUAGCGCCAACAGAGACACUACGCCGGACCUGACAUUCAUAAAGAACAUUGCCAUCACGAAAUGGGUCAACACGAACGUAAAUCUUGGCAGUGAUCAUUACAUUCUGAACACAAUGCUACAAGCAGGCUAGCGUAAAAAGAAAGGCAGGAAAAUAACGCUGAGUGGGACACCUUUCGUAAGCUACGCGAGGACGAUGUGACAGAAACCAUCGAAGACAUACUCCAGCAUAGCGUGCAGAAAGCCACCAAAAACAUUCCUGAAGAGGUAGGCAUGGAGGAAAUGGACAGGAAACUCCUGCACAUGUGGGAGGCAAAACAAAGCUUACAAAAGCGCUGGAAAGGUCACAAGCACAGCUGGCGCCUAAGGAAGAGAAUCGAAGCGCUGGACAGAGAAAUAGAAGACCACGCGAAUCGGCUAUCUCAGCAGCAGUGGGAAACCACGUGCACUCUAAUGGACAGACAGUUCGGAAUGUCCAAAACUUGGAACAUACUCCGAGGCCUCCUGAACCCAGAAGGCACGAAAACAACCUAAAGACAAAAUCUGCAAUGGAUACUACAAAGCCACGCAGGUACAGAGGCAGAACUCUUGCGAGAUCUACGCCAGAUAUACAUAGGAGAUGCAACCAGAGUACCAAGGGAACGAUAACGUCGACCUUGACGCCCCCAUAACGGAGGCAGAGAUUCGAUACGAACUCGGAUGACUCAAUCCGAAGUCCGCCCCAGGUCCCAACGGUGUAAGAAAUAAAGUACUGCGAAACUUAGACAACGAAUCCAUCAACGCUCUCGCAAAGUAGAUAAACGAAUGUUGGGAGAAGGGGAGCAUACCCCAGCAAUGGAAAACGGCUCAGAUCAAAUUAAUACUCAAACCUGGCAAAAAGCCACACAUAGAAAAUUUGAGGCCAAUCUCAUUGACGUCCUGCAUCCAAAAGCUAAUGGAAAAAGUAGUUCUAACGCGUCUCGGCAAAUACAUGGACGAUAACGGGCUAUACCCACACUCAUGAUUGGCUUUAGACCAAAACUCUCGAUGCAAGACGUCAUGCUGCAAUUACAUAACCAGAUCACAGACGCUGAAACACACUCCUUGGAUACAAAAGCCAUCCUGGGUCUCGACUUACAGAAGGCGUUUGAUAACGUCACCCUCUAGCCCAUAUUGUGCAACUUACAAAACCUCGACGUAGGCCAAAGAGCAUACGACUACGUGAAAGAUUUCCUUGCUAACCGUAAAGCCAUGAUCACAGUCGGAGACGCGAAAUCCGAGGAAAUAGAACUAGGCAACAAGGGAACACCACAAGGCUCGGUGCUUUCCCCAUUCCUAUUUAAUGUGGCGAUGCUUGGCCUGCCCGCAGAACUGGACCGCAUCGAAGGACUUCAGCACAGUCUAUGCAGACGACAUCACCCUAUGAGUGACAGGGCGAAAGCGAUGGCCACAUAGAAGAGAUUUUACAGCAAGCAGUCAAUACGGUAGAGAGAUACGUGAAGAACAAGGGCCUAAAAUGUUCUCCCAAAAAAUCGGAGCUGCUACUCUACAGACCUACAAGUAGAGGACGCAAGCGCAAUCAAGAGUGACUUAGCAUCACAAUCGUGGUAGGGUGUCACCCAAUUCCCCAGGUACACCACCUUAGAAAACUGGGACUCCGAAUAUCUGAGAAAGGGCAUAACGGAGAAGCAAUAGAAAUACUGGAUAACAGCACCCAGCAAACCAUCAGGUUGAAUCGAAGAAUCGCCAACAAGAACUACAAUAUGAAAGAACACAACCUAGUGCGCCUCAUCCAAGCCUUCGUCGUCAGCCGCAUAGUGUAUGUGACCCCAUACCUCAAGUUACACAUGGCGGAAAAACAAAACAUGGAGUGCAUCAUCAAAAAGGCAUAUCGGCCUACCAAUCACCACAUCUAACGAGAAGUUCGAAGCGUUGGGAAUGCACAACACGCUAGACGAGCUCAUUGAGGCUCAUACAAUUGCACAAUACGAAAGACUGGCUCAAAGCAACUCAGGAAGACACAUCCUGCACAAGCUCGGUAUCACGUACGCUGGACAAAGCGGGGAUAAAUACGACAUCCCAAGAGAAAUCGGAGAGCGCAUCAUCAUACCCCCAUUACCCGGAAACAUGCACCCUGAACAUCACCGAGAGCGGAGGAAUGCAAGAGCGAAAGCACUGCAUAAUUUUCAAAACGAUGCGGACGUGGUUUAUGGAGACGCGGCGGAAUAUGCAGACGUUCGACACAUGGCAGUGGUCGCCUCAAAUCAAGCGGGCCACUCGCUUGCCAGCGGCACCAUUAAAAGAAGAAAAUCAGAAAUCGUGGAAGAAGCGGCCAUGCGCUGGCGCUCACCUCCACAAUGGCCAGCGUCAUGAUCAGUUAUUCUAAAAGUGCGCUUCAUAACUUUGCUAAGGGAAGGGUCUCCAAAGAGGCGCUAAGGAUCAUAAAUAACUUUUGCGGGGAGCGUGACGUUCGUGUCAUAUGGACGCCCGCCCACUCCUCCCUUCCGGGCAACAAAACCGCACACAUCCUAGCUCGAGAGUUAGCGAGCCGAGCAGGAACAAUGCAGGGCCCGAGUGCGGAGAGAGACCGCAUGGUCAAUUAUAAUGAAAUCACCAAACACUACAGAUUAGGGAGGCAGCAUUACCCUCCACCACACACAUUAAAUAAACAGCAGGCGACAGCAUGGCGCCUAGUAGAAACAAACACCUUCCCAAACCCAAUCGCUUAUAAUCAUUGUUAUCUAGAGCUCUACUCAGAUAAAUGCAAAGAUUGCAAUCAGUGGGCAGACCUCAGACACAUAAUCUGGGCUUGCCCCAAAAUAGUGGAGUGGCCAAACAACAAGUAUACGAACGUGGAGCAGUGGGAGACCGCGCUGCUCAUUUCAGGCAGCGAGCACCAACUACAAGUCAUCAGGCAAGCCGAAGAUGCCGCUAGGACCCAAGGGCUCCUGGCUGCCAUCUAAGGGAGAUGAGAUAAAUUCCUCUUACACUUGCCGUUUGCAAUAAAAGUUGUUUCUCUUUCUCUCUGCGCUGGCAGUGGUCACUGGAAGGGUGACUAGAAUCUGCAGCAGUUUGUACACAUUUACAUAGAACCUGCAGUCGCAUGAGGCAGGGUAUCUAUUCCGGUGCUAAAACCUAAAAACACUCCUUCGAUGUCGUUGGCAUCCUUGUUUAGGUACCUUGUACAAAUGGUAAGCUGUUCGAUUCCAGCAAUAUCAGUCAUUUUGUCAGCUAGUAUGGUCAGCUAGCAGCUAGUAUGGUCAGUUGUCAGCUAGCAAUCAAAGAUGGAGGAGAUAUCAUGCUUGAAAAGCUUGCGGCCCUUUAUACGCAAUGCCUCACAACUUCAUGUGUACCAGAGAGCUGGAAGAACGCCAACAUUAUACUAAUCCAUAAGAAGGGAGACGUUAAAGAACUGAAGAAUUAUAGACCCAUUAGCUUGCUUUCAGUAUUGUAUAAAAUAUUCACCAAGAUAAUUUCCAAUAGAAUCAGGGCAACACUUGACUUCAGCCAACCAAGAGAACAGGCUGGCUUCAGGAAGGGAUAUUCUACGAUGGAUCAUAUCCGUGUCAUAAAUCAGGUAAUAGAGAACUCUGCGGAGUACAAUCAACCUCUCUACAUGGCUUUCAUAGAUUAUGAAAAGGCAUUUCAUUCAGUAGAGAUACCAGCAGUCAUAGAGUCAUUGCGUAAUCAAGGAGUACAGGAGGCAUACGUGAAUAUCUUAGCAAACAUCUACAAGGAUUCCACAGCUACCUUGGUUCUCCACAAGAAAAGUAGAGAUACCUAUCAAGAAAGGGGUCAGGCGAGGAGACACAAUCUCCAAUGCUAUUCACUGCAUGCUUAGAAGUAUUCAAGCUAUUAGACUGGGAAGGCUUAGGAGUGAGGAUCAACGGCGAAUAUCUCGGCAACCUUCGGUUUGCAGAUGACAUUGUCCUAUUCAGCAACAAUGGAGACGAAUUACAACAAAUGAUUGAGGACCUUAAUCGAGAAAGUGUAAGAAUUGGGUUGAAGAUGAAUAUGCAGAAGACAAAGAUAAUGUUCAAUAGCUUGGCAAGGGAACAAGAAUUCAGGAUCGCCAGUCAGCCUCUAGAGUCUGUAAAGGAGUACGUUUAUCUAGGUCAAUUACUCACAGGGGACCCUGAUCACGAGAAAGAAAUUUACAGAAGAAUAAAAUUGGGUUGGAGUGCAUACGGCAGGCAUUACCAAAUCCUGACUGGGAGUUUACCACUGUCGUUGAAACGAAAAGUGUACAAUCAUUGCAUUCUACCGGUGCUAACAUAUGGGGCAGAAACUUGGAGGUUAACAAAGAAGCUCGAGAACAAGUUAAGGACCGCACAAAGAGCCAUGGAACGAAAAAUCUUAGGACUAACGUUAAGAGACAGGAAGAGAGCGGUGUGGAUCAGAGAACAAACGGGGAUAGCCGAUAUUCUAGUUGACAUUAAGCGGAAGAAAUGGAGCUGGGCAGGCCAUGUAAUGCGUAGGAUGGAUAACCGGUGGACCAUUAGGGUUACAGAAUGGAUACCAAGAGAAGGGAAGCGCAGUCGAGGUCGGCAGAAAACCAGAUGGGAUGAUGAAGUUAGGAAAUUUGCAGGCGCAAGUUGGAAUACGCUAGCGCAAGACGGGUAAUUGGAGAUCGCAGGGAGAGGCCUUCGUCCUGCAGUGGACAUAAAAUAUAGGCUGAUGAUGAUGAUGGAGAAGCAGCCUGCAGCAUUUACUUUUGCAACUAGGCUUUCUUUGAUAAUUUCACAACAAAUUUAUAUAAUUUGGUUUUGAACAUCUGGGCUUAAAUAUGAUGCAUGACUGGGGCAACUUUCCAAAUUGUUAAUAGAUACGUAGCUCUACAAUCAGCUCGCCAUGCGAAGAAGCGCUCUGAAAAUACCAGUAUAUUUAGCGGGGGCUUUGCUUAAAUCCAUAGGACUACUGUCCCUAUGGCCACAGAGAGCCAGACAUUGUCGCCCGCAAAAAAAUGCCUCAACAUGAGGCCGUUACCUUUCUUCUGUUUUCUCUUAUUUUACUAUGUCUGCCCUGGUCCAGCUGAUCGAUCACAUUGGGCGUGCUUCCUGAAAAUGUUUGGAGAUAAUUAUCAGCUGCCAGAGUCUCGGUGAUAUUUAGUAUUUUCGUGUGUGUGAAAGAUUGCGAGCGCGUGCUUCCAUUUCUGGAACGGUUUGGACAUGAGGGCUCCAGUGCGUGCAUGUUGGCCCAAGUUUAGAAGAGCAUUAACCCCAUAAAAUUCCAGAAUUGAAAAUUUUUUAAAGCACCCCUUUGGGAAUGUCAGUGCACCUUUCGCGUCAAAAGUUGAUGAGAACUUUAUACCCAUAAAGUUUCGUAAUUGAAAUCCAUGCGCUCCGUAGAUUCCGCGGCCGCUGCGAAAUGCCGCAACGCGCCCACUCGCUAUCAAAAAGCCCUUGAAAGUUUGUGCUCGGAUGGGGCUCCUUGAGUUACGUGACUCCAGAUGCCAGGGGGGCGUUGCCAUGAAAUCCAGCCAGAGUUCGCAAUGUUGGUGCCGAAAUGUCUUUUUGAGCGUGCAAAAGACAUUGUAGACAAAAUCCAGAAUGAUUCCCGGCGCCAGUGGUUGUUUUGGUCGGUGGUGCACGCCAGCACGAAAAAAAAUUUCGGGGGGGGGGGGGGGGUGUGCUGAAGCCCCAUCAGCCCCCCCCCCCCCCCUCGCUACGCCCCUGAGCACGGUGACAGCGACGGCAGAAAUGCGCCUGGAGUGUCCAUUAUCGAAAUAAAAUAGUUGUUUUGCUUAUAGUGCGGAUAUUCACAACUCCAGCGACUUACGUUACUUACGUUAUAGGCGGUCUACACUGAAUUUCUUUUUCGAUUCUCUCAAAUACAAGAUAGUUGCAUAGUUCAAUAGGGUACGCCACUAUGAGUGACAGUGCGUGGCAGGAUCGCCAUGUUACUUCACACACUUUUUUUUCCACUGUAACAGUAAAAACGUAGCAUUUUAGCACAAGCGUGUUUUUGCAUGAUGUGCACAAAAAUGGUGCGAAUAAUUUUCAAUUAUUUUAACAGCCAUUGUUUUCUUUAUUUGUGAAAAUAAUGGCCGCUACCUUCUGUCAAGGUAACACUAUGCUAACGGGCACAUUAUAUUGAUCAUCAUCAGCUUAUAUUUAUGUUCACUGCAGGACAUGAAUAAAUAGCCUCCAGAAACUUAGUUUAUGACGUCCUAUGUCUAGCGACCGCAGUGUUACAAGUGAUCCUCUUGUAAUACUCUCUGCUUCCAUUUUUUAUCAGAUAAAAUACCUAAGCGUGAAAAUUCACUAAUGAGGGAAAAUUAUUUGUGUAGUCUGAUAUCCACAUAAUAAAAGGGCACCUCAGGAACAGCUAAGGAUGGCUACGUAACCACGGCAGUCAUGCAAUUAUAUGCCUAAGAUCAACUGCAUUGUGCAACAAUAUGAGCGAUUUUCUUUCCUACUCCCAAGUGAUGUCUUGCGCUUUCUCGUUCAUGUUUCGUGGCAUCACAGACAUUGCAGAAUGAUCAACAUAUCACUACAGCACUGCAUUCAAUCUAAAGUGCUAAAGCAAAUACUUCAUUUGUUUAAAACUAUGCCAAGUGUUUUUUGUGAAGUGCUUGAAUCACAACGCAGCAAUAAAAAUUUAUUGCGACCAACGGA